UCUUUUUUAUCAGUCAUGUUGAGAAAGGCAUUACAACAAUCAUUUAAAAGAACUAGCCUUGUUCAACCCUUGGUAGCUAAUCGCUUGUUUUCGAUCCAUGCUACCCAGCGUCAGGAAUCAGGCACCUUGAAGCCUACUUCAGACUCUUUGGGUUUUGACACCAAGGCCGUCAAGGACUUCGAUAGACCUAUUUAUCUUGAUAUGCAAGCUACUAGUCCUACUGAUCCCAGAGUCUUGGAUGCCAUGCUUCCUUACAUGACUGAAUUAUACGGUAAUCCCCACUCCAGAACUCACAAAUAUGGUUGGGAGACCGAAAAAGCUGUCGAAAAAGCCCGUGAGGAAGUUGCUAAAUUGAUUAAUGCAGACCCUAAAGAAAUCAUCUUUACUUCUGGCGCUACCGAAUCCAACAAUUUGAGUAUCAAGGGUGUUGCACGAUUCUACAAGAACAAAAAGAAGCACAUCAUCACCACACAAAUUGAACACAAAUGUGUUUUAGAUUCAUGCAGAGUUUUACAAGAAGAAGGGUUUGAAGUCACCUAUUUACCCGUACAAACCAACGGUCGUAUUGACAUGAAGCAAUUGGAAGAAGCCAUUCGACCCGAUACUGCACUUGUUUCCAUCAUGACCAUCAAUAAUGAAAUUGGUGUGAUGCAGCCUAUUGAAGAAAUUGGUAAAUUGUGCAAGUCUAGAAAGGUCUUUUUCCACACCGAUGCUGCUCAAGCCGUGGGCAAAGUCCCUUUGGAUGUCAACGCCAUGAAUAUCGAUUUAUUGAGUUUAUCUGGCCAUAAAUUGUAUGGUCCCAAGGGUAUCGGUGCCAUCUAUGUCCGUAGAAGACCCAGAGUUCGUUUGGAGGCUGUCCAAAGUGGUGGUGGUCAAGAAAGAGGUUUGAGAAGUGGUACUGUUCCUCAUCCUUUAGUUGUUGGUUUAGGUGAGGCUUGUAAAAUCGCUAAUGAAGAAAUGAAGCGGUGGAUGUUUGCUUUGGGCGGUCUAAUCGGUUCAUUAGGAAUAUACGAUCAUGAUAGAAUCGCUAAACUCUCUAAACGUUUAAUUGAUGGUAUUCAAUCUCAAGUGGAAGAAGUCUAUCGUAACGGUGAUCCCGAUCAUAACUAUCCCGGUUGUGUCAAUUUAUCUUUCUCUUAUGUGGAGGGAGAGUCUUUAUUGAUGGCCUUAAAAGACAUUGCCUUGUCCUCAGGCUCCGCUUGUACAUCCGCAUCGCUUGAGCCUUCCUACGUGUUGCGUGCUUUAGGCGCUGAUGAUGAAAUGGCACACAGUUCGAUCCGUUUCGGUAUCGGAAGAUUCACUACAGACGAAGAAAUUGAGUUUGUUAUCAAGAGAGUAACUCAACAUGUGCAUAGAUUAAGAGAAAUGUCUCCUUUAUGGGAGAUGGUGCAAGAAGGCAUUGAUAUCAAGUCUAUUCAAUGGGCUCAGCAUUAAAAUAAUUUUUUUUUAUUGCAUCAACACUUGUAUAAUAAUAAUUAAAUAAAAAAUAUAUGACAGAAAAUCCGU